AAUAUGGUCGCAUUUGAAUCUUUGUUCAUUUACUCAAAUUUGUUCUCACAUUAUUUUCAGGUACUCGCUUCAGACCUUUGAGUCUUGACGUUCCAAAACCACUGUUUCCGAUUGCCGGUUUUCCAAUGGUGCAUCAUCAUAUUGAAGCGUGUGCAAAGCUCGAAGAGAUCGAGGAAAUCCUCUUAGUUGGCUUCUAUCAACCAUCAGACGCUCUGAAUCGAUUUAUUAGGAGACAACGUCAAAUCAUUGUGAAACCAAUCAGUUAUCUUCAAGAGUAUACAAUGCUUGGAACUGCUGGCUGUUUAUAUCAUUUUCGUGACGUCAUAACAAGUGGCGAUCCCGAUGCAUUCUUUGUAUUGUACAGCGAUGUUUUUUGUGAAUUUCCCCUGCGUGAAAUACUGGAUUUCAGAGCCAAAUUCAUGCAAUUCAUUAUGAUGACAGUCGAAGUUCCCAGAGAGCAAAGCAAGUAUUAUGGAUGUGCUGGAAUUGAUCACAAAACUAAUGAAGUUGUUCAUUAUAUAGACAAGCCAGAAACAUUUGUUAGUAGGGAUAUAAAUGCUGGUGUAUAUUUCUUUACAAUGGAAAUUUUCAGCGAUAUUGGCGCACUUUUCCAAAAACGUCAUCGUCCAAGUUUCGCCGAACCCAUAGCGCGUCAAAUCAACUUGCUCGACAUAGAGGACAGCAAAGAAACAGUUUUUGACAAUUACUCACCUCUGCAACAAACUCUUGGCCGGAUAUUCUUCGAGAAAGAUGUUUUCCCUAUUUUAGCUACGAGAGGAAAAUUGUUUGCUUACAAAUGUGACCGGUUUUGGAUGAGCAUCAAGUCUGCAGGAUCUGCAUUGUACGCAAACCGUGCAAUAUUAGAAACAUAUAAGAAAACUCAUCCUGAUCGUCUCACAGAUCAUCCGGGUUGCAUUGGAACAGUGUCCAUACAUAGAACUGCUGAAGUUGACGCAACAGCUGUGCUUGGGCCUUACGUAACAAUUGGCGCAGGAGUUGUCGUUGGACCUGGCGUAAGAGUUAAAAAUUCUAUCGUGUUGGAGGGAGCUACACUCAAAGACCAUUGUUGCAUCUUGAAUAGCAUUAUUGGCUGGCAUUCUGUAGUUGGUGAGUGGGCGAGAGUAGAAGGAACUCCAACGGAGCUUGAUCCGAACGCACCACAUGCUACCACUGAUAAUUUCUAUCUUUUUGAUGAAGACGGGAGACUUCGACCUUCAAUCACUAUCUUAGGUCGCGACGUUAUCAUUCCUCCAGAGGUUGUCAUCCGUAACUCAAUAGUAAUGCCGAACAAAGAUCUUUCCCGUGGAUUCAAAAACCAGAUUCUACUGUGAAUUGAUUCUUCUCUCAUCUUAUAAGCUUGUGUACUCGUAUACUUGAUUUUUUGUAUUUAUUGGGAUAAUAUAUAUGUGCAUUGACUUACAUUUGUUUGGUAAAGCAUUUUGGUAUACACCAUAAUAAACUAUACCGUGCAAUGUU